AUAGCAUAUAGAACAUUACACUUUCUGUACACUUUCAGAGGAAUAUGGAAUGUCCCGUACAUCACUGGAGUGUACCUCAUUCAGAAAGAUGUCCUGGAGAACCCUGACACACGACCAAACUACAUCUACAAGCUUCAUGAUGCUGACAUGGCCAUGGCCACCAACAUGAGGGAGAAGGGAGUGUUCAUGUAUGUGAGUAACAUGGAGGACUACGGUCACUUGGUGGACCCUGAUUACUUCCCGACAAAGUAUUUACACAAUGAUAUGUGGCAGAUGAAGGCUAACCGUAAGGACUGGGAGAAUCGUUACAUAUCCCCUGAAUACUGGAAAGCUCUCAGCCCUACAGAGCUCAAUGAAAUGCCUUGCCCUGACGUCUUUUGGUUCCCAAUCUUCACACCAAGAUUCUGCAAAGAGCUUGUUGAACUGGCAAAUGAUAAUGGUGGUUGGUCAGAUGGUAGUAAUAAUGAUCCCAGACUAGCUGGUGGCUAUGAGAAUGUACCUACAGUUGAUAUCCACAUGAACCAGAUGGACUUUGAACAAGAGUGGUUGUGGAUUCUCCGUCACUAUGUGAAGCCGCUAGCUGAGAAAGUUUUCCUUGGCUAUGAUAGUGAUGCUCGGGCAAUUAUGAACUUCAUUGUACGAUACAGACCCACCGAACAGUCCUUCCUUCGGCCCCAUCAUGACUCUUCAACUUAUACAAUUAAUGUGGGUUUGAAUCGCCCAUUAAUUGAUUAUGAGGGAGGUGGAGCUCGUUUCAUCAGAUACAAUUGUUCAGUGGGAACACCGUGUUGGCUGGUCAUUUUGCACCCCGGUCCCCUGACGCACUAUCAUGAGGGAUCCAGAUACAAAAAGGAACAGUAUAUUAUGGGGUCCUUCGUUUACCCCUUUAAAGUAAUAUGCAUACGUAGCUUUUCGAGCAUUUUUUUAAUAUUUCUUUGUGUUUUGUUAUGUGAAAUGUAUUGGAUGUAGUGAUCAGUAGCAUAGCCAGGAUUUCAAUCUGUGGUGAGGGAGCUUACAUGUCAUAAAAUGCUGAAAAAAUUAAAAAAAAAGUUUUUAAGGACG